AAAUGUUAAGUAACAAGUACGAAAUAUCUUAUUAAGAAGUUUUUAGAUCUUAGAGUUUAUUUGAUAAAGUCAAAUUGAGCUUUUAAAAAGAAAUUUUACACCAAUAACCUAGGAUUACAAAAUUUAUUUGAUAAUAUCAGUUUUUUUUCGUUUUAAUUUAAUAAUUUAUUAGUUAAGUUUGUUAUAUAUCAAUCAUUUAUGUCAAUAACUGACUUACUAUUUUUUACUCUUCCAAAAUGUCACAAGGAUGUACAGAGGAUUUUAAAAACAAAAAAUCGCCUGUAAAAAAAAUAAAAGAAGACCGUAAGCAGUUGCCCAUUGUUUUAGCCAAACGUGAUAAUUCUAUGGAACAAAAUCAAGAAUCAGAAAAACCUCAAAUUCAACCAACAAUUUUAAUUAAAUCACGUGAUCCUGAAAAUAGGUCUUCAUCUCCUACUAAAUUAACCCCACAAUUAUUGAUAAAAAAAGAUGAACCACAUCAACAAUGUAUUCUUAAAAAUUUGAGUGAUGAUCAAAUUUUGUCUCGUGGUCCUGAAAUGAAAACACCUGUUAAAAUAAUUGAUGACUAUAUGCAAUUUAUCAAUGAAGGUUUAAGUAAUUAUUUAAUUGAUCAACCAGAUUUUUUAGUAAUUGGAUGUAUAGGACUACAGGGUGUUGGAAAGUCUACAAUAAUGUCUUACAUUGCUAAUAAGCCUGAUUUAUUUACAACUACAACAACAGAACACUUUGAAACAACACAAAAUUGUACUAAUGGGAUUCAAGCCUUUGUUAUGAAAAAUAGAGUUAUAUUAUUAGAUUGUCAACCUAUUUUAUCGUCAUCUAUUGCAUAUUCAGCAAGUCAAAAAAGAGUUGGUCAAUCUAUGGAUUCAUCUGGUGUAAUUAAUGACAAUGAAAUGGUUUCUUUGCAGCUAACUGCAUUCUUAUUAUCAGUAUGUCAUAUAGUUUUGCUAGUUCAAGAUUGGUUUUUUGAUGCUAAUAUUUUCAAAAUACUUCAAACUGCAGAAAUGCUAAAGCCACCUAUGCCUACUUCUCAUCGCAAUGAAGAGCUUAUAGAAUAUUUUCCUCAUAUUGUUUUCGUUCAAAAUAAAGCUUUCUAUUCUGAUUUUAGUAUUGAAAAUAUCAAAACUAUUCAACAAGUUUAUACCCAAUUAUUUGUCCGAUCACGCCUCCAUAUUCAAAGUGGAAUAAGUAUUGCUAAUGGAAAUGUUAUAAAUGAACUAAAUCCAAAUAAUUGUGGAGAACCUAUUAAUUUAUUUUUAUUAGCUAAUAAUGAUAAAGAAGAGCAGUUUAAUACAAAGGGUUUUCAUAAAAUGAAUCCAGGUCAAUCUGUUUUAAUCAAUGAGUUUAGAAAACAACUACUAAAAUUACAAAUUCUACCUCUUACUCAUACCAAUCUGACAGAAAAAGGAUGGUUUCAUUAUUGUAUUAAAGUUUGGGAUUCCAUAAAGAAAAGUCAAUUUUUUAAUGAAUAUAAUAGGUUACAAGUAUAAUAAUUAUUACAAAAAUGAAGAAUUAAUUAUGAUUUGAUUUACUAUUACAAAAAAUUGUAAUAUUGAUAAUGAUUUUGUAUUUAUUUAUAAAUAAUACAAUGUGUAUAAAUAUUUACAGACAAGAUAUAUUUUUAAACUUUUA